AUAUGAGAGAACCGGGCUGAUUGUGCAACGAGAUUCUGGUGCUGCUACUCCCGCUUUCGCUGCUGAAGACUACUUUGGGUUGCAGGAACGAUCAAAAGACAAGACGAAUCCAACACUUAAACAUUCUGUGUUAAUCAAACCUAUUCCUUCUGAUAUUAGAAGCGGUUCGUGUGUCGAGAAGCGAGAGGAACACUGAAGAGAAAAGAAAUAUAACAGCCAUGAAGAGUCUCGUCCUUUUCUUAUUUCUUUUCGUUGUUGGUCUUUGGGUGACUGAAGGACAGCAGUUGACUCAAGGACCGUCGGUGGCUACAGGACUGCCAGGGACUAGGGAAGGAGGGGAAGAACAAGAGAGUGCAGCACUACCAGAUGAUGAAGAAGAUUUAGGGAGUGAUAAAGACCUAGGGGACGGCGAGUCGCCAGGGAAUGAUGACGAGUCAGAGGAUGAAGGUGAGUCGGAGGAUGAAGGCGAGUCAGAGGAUGAAGGCGAGUCAGAGGAUGAAGGCGAGCCAGAGGAUGGAGAAGAGUCAGACGAUGAAGCGUUAUCGUCAGAGGAUGACGAUCAGGGAGGGGAUGGUGACGAGUCAGACGAUGACGACGAGGGAGGAGAUGAAUACGAAUCAGGGGACCCGGACGAGUCAGGGAAUGAAGACGCUUCAGAGGUAGUUGAUGCAAUUGAUGAAGAAUCCGACAGUGAAGUUGACCCGGUGAGUGGAGUUCCGUCGUUUCAUAACGAAACAGUUGAUUCUGGUAACUCGACGACAGAAGGAGAAAGUCUUGCUGUAUUCACGACUCGACGAACCUGUCGAAGGCCGUGUUAUGUAAGAGUUGCCGCUAGAAAAUCAAGGAUAGCGAUAUGCAGUAAAAAACCGCGCAAAACGUGUACAAAAUUCAGCCUGGUUUAUAAAAGAGUUCGUAGAACGUGCCGCAGAUGUUGUAAAGGAUGGACUGGCACGCCUAGAAAAUGCAAAGAUAUAAACGAGUGUAAAGGCAGGAAUCCAUGUAGAUACGGUAGAUGCCAGAACACGCCAGGAUCCUACAAAUGUCACUGUAAAAAGGGGUAUUAUUUCAACGGGAGAACAUGUAUUCGGGGAACAAACGCGUGUAAACGGAAACCGUGUGGUAGACACGGUAGAUGCCGCAACGUGGGAAGAUCAUACAGAUGCUAUUGUAACCGUGGGUACCGUUUCAACAGGAAAACGUGUGUUGAUAUCAACGAAUGUGCAAGGAAGGCUUGUGGUUGUUAUGCAAAAUGUUACAACACGCCAGGUUCCUACCGCUGUAGGUGUUAUCGUCCCGGCUAUCGAAUGUACAAAGGGAAAUGCGUUGACAUCAAUGAAUGUAAACGAAACCCUUGUCCUUCUGAUGCCACAUGCUACAAUUACCCAGGAUCCUACUACUGUAGAUGUAGACGUGGUUACCGAUAUGAGAAUAAGAAAUGUGUUGAUGUCAACGAGUGUAGCUAUAGAAGAAGAUGUGACCAAAUCUGUAUCAAUACUCUCGGAUCGUAUUAUUGCCGCUGUAGAAACGGUUAUGAAAUAUUUAGAAAACGUUACUGCGUGGACAUCGACGAAUGUAGAUGCAACAAUGGGGGCUGCCCUUUCCCCUAUAGAUGUAUUAACAAACCCGGACACCACUACUGUGAAUGCCCCUUCGGUUUUACAGCUAAAGGGAAAUUCUGUCACCUUACUGUGCCACAAAAUAAACUGAACUUUACUCUCCCAGACAAAAAAUCAGUUAUACCAAGAGUAACACUGCCGGCUGUUCCUACAACUCCUGCAUCGCCAGCCGCACAAUAGACGAACUGGUCAUAAAUGGAUGCUUCCUAUUGUCUUCAAUCGAGUCUGACAUGGAAUCUAAAAACGUCAACAGCAAAAACUAUCACAACUAUAUUACACAUAACAUAAUCAAGUCCUGAUAAUAAAACACAUAACACCCUGAUCGGAACAUUUUCAUAUAAUGUGACCUCAACACUAGACCAUCUCCAUGCAAGAUCUCGUGAUGACAAUCCCAUAAUCUCACUUUAUAUCAUUGAAAUGCCUUUAUUUUAUUGUUUUCAUUUUAUUAAUUGAAUUGAUUACUCAAAUAAAACAAUAUUUUAAUCACAAAAAA